GCGGUUCUGCCACUCUAGCACUGCACCUCUCUGCAUCACCGAGAGCGCUCACUACGACAUUCAUCUGCCAUUCGGCCAGUCGCAACCCUGCGAGCUCUGGACAUCCUGCACAUCCACAUGCAGACAUCUACAGCGAUUCCAGGUUGCGCGGCCAUGGACGGCGACCAUCGAGAUACGGACGGCCACACACUGCACCCACACUGCCCGUCCAGGACCCCAACGGCAAUGGAACGGGCGAUGCUGCAAGAUGAAGCCGCCAUGAAGCCGAAGUCAGAACUCAAUCCCCCGCCCAGGCGUGGAAUGGGAUGCCGCUCACCACCAACUACCACCACCAAAUACCACCUCAAUCUAAAUGUCAACAACGUCUCCCGCCAUCCACAUGCCAAAAGCAGUCCAGUCUUCCCCUCCAAGGACCCUGGACUGGACUCUGGAGUGUCUGUCAUGCCUGAGAUGGCUCGAGCACUUCCUCUCAUCUGGGCCAAUGAUAUCUCCCCUAUUCUUUCCAAUCUUGUUCUUGCUAUCCAUUAUCUUUCCGGCCUCACCAUUCGCACCACAAGCUGCUGUUCGGCAACAGAACGCGAUGGCUUGAGCCCAAGCCCCAGUGUCCUCCGCGAUAGCGCUGUACUGUGCGCAUCUUGCAGUCCGCGAAUCGCCUAGAGAUUAUAUUUUUCCCCCCAGGCAUGGGAGACAUGGAGACCCUUGGAAGAGGGCUUACGGUUGAGCAAGACUUAACAACCUAGACCCUACAGCAAGACAGUGGACGUGAUCCUCACCGUACACUACAGCUGCGGAUUCCUUACGAGGCCAGCGACAAGGCCAGCCGCGGCAUAGGUGGUGACGAGCCGUCGACAGCCCAGCUGUUGUACGAUGCCUAUACGAAACAACGGCGAGGCGUUAAAAUAGCUUGAACGGACAUGCGGAGUCGUGCCCGUGGUCCACUACCACUGUCAGCGAGCAGGCAAG